AUGUCUUCAAAAAGAAACGUUUCAACGCAAACCCUUCCUAAUCACACAGUUGAACGUACCUCAUCUUUAUGUAUAACGCCAAACUGUCUAAGAACAUCAUCCAACUCCACUCGAAAACCGACAUUUAGUUUGUUAAAAUUAACGUGUGCUCAAAAUAUCGAUUAUAACUUACAACUUUUGCCGACAUUAUGCCACCUAAGCGAGGAAGACAUGGAAAAAAUGGAUAUAUGGAGACAAUUUGGAUUCUCUCAUAUCGAACCAGAACCAAUAACGAAACUUCGACAAUUCAAUAAAAGUAAGUUUUCUAGUACAAAUUAUUAUUAUUUAUAUUGUUACUUGAUACUUGAUGAAACUGGUUUUAUUAGAAUAUCGGCUUUACGCAUCCGGGAGUCAGUGUUCCAUCCCAUACAACACUCUCGAUCUAGUCAACCAGCUACCACGUGGAUCGCUAACACAAUUGACUUUUACAUUAAAUUGGCAUCAUUACGACAGAAACUUACGAUGGAAAAGCGAGAAUUACAAUCCUUAGAAAUCGCUGCAAUUGACAUGGCGUUUCGAAGUUUGAUAAAAAACUUAUUGCUAGAAAGGUAUCCGCUUAUAUUUUCAUUUAAUUUCCAAGAGAAACUUCAGUCUGCAACUAAAUAUAUCCCAACGAUUUCAAAAUCUAUCACGCGUAUUAUCAAAAAUAGUCCUAAUGUUGAAUUUCGGUCGCAAGCCAUUGAACUUGUCAAAAAAACGCGUACACAUGUCAAUUUAUCGUUCUCCUCAUAUCGAGGUAUCAAAGAAGGUCCUGAUCUAACUACGAAUCAGACAAGAAAUAUUUUAGGAAAUGGGUUAUACACAAUCGCUAGAGACACAAAUGUGCCUUCUCCACCAGUUAUACAACAAUUAUCAAGUGAAGAAGAGAUAUCGGACAAUCGCAUAAUGUCACGAGACAUAAUUAAAUUAGGAAAACAUCCUGAUUUGAAUUAUAAUUCAAAGGACACUUGCAAUGUACCUGAAGUCGAUUUCGAAAUGAUUCUGGAUGAUGAAGAUGGUGACAAUCUGUUCACUGGAGAAAAGACGUUGGAUGUUGAAGAUGAAUCAAUGUUUGAAAAUGAGGGUGACAAUAACCAAAAUUUGAUUGAUGAAGAGUUUGAAUAUUCUUCAAGUUCCGAGAAUUAUGAAGAUUUUUGGGAUGAAGAAGAGAUACAAUUCCAUUUUGGAACCAGCAAUCCGGCAAGCUCAGCUUCUAUGGAUUUAUAUAAAGAUUAUAAACCCGAGUCCUCCGAAAAAGGGAUUUCGCAUGAAAAAUUUAAUAUUGUAGACGAUAUCGAUUCGUUGGAUUUUGGAACACCUGAUGAGGAAAUGCACGAGUAUUCAAAUUUAGAUAAUUCGGAAGGGUCCUCUUCACUUGCCAAGCGAUAUGUUUCAAAUAAUUUUUUUCCAUAUUCACGGCCGGUGAGCCCUUUUAGAGACAAGACGAUCACUUUACUUCAAGGGCAAGAGUCGAUCGAUUUCAAAAAUUUUUUCCAAAAAUCGACGUUGUAUUCAAAUGAGAAAAUUCAAGUUUCAAAAGAGACAUUUUUUGAUCAGAUAUUUGAUGAAUGGUCAUGA